AUGGCCUCUCGGUUCGAAGCAAGGCAGAAGGAGGAGAAGAGAGAAGAAGAGGAAAAUGAGUUGCAAAUAUUUUAUUACUUCUUAAUUUAUAUAUAUGUCAGAAAAUACACAUAUCAUGAAUUUGAGGCUCUAGCAAAUCAGGCUUUUAUCGGUUCGGCCGAUGUGGAAAAAGAAUUCUGGCAUGAGAUGGUGAACGGAGAGAAGGGAACCGUUGAGUACGGAGUCAAUGUUGAGGGCAGUGCCUUUUCAUGCCAUCCUAAUGACAAGCUUGGAAGAAGCAAAUGGAAUUUGAAGAAUUUUUCAAGACUGCCGCAAUCUACAUUGAGAUUAGUUGGCAAAGAAAUUCCAGGAAUAACUGAUCCUAUGCUUUAUAUUGGGAUGCUGUUCAGCAUGUUUGCAUGGCAUGUAGAAGAUCAUUACUUGUAUAGCAUAAAUUAUCACCAUUCAGGUGCUAACAAAACUUGGUAUGGAGUGCCUGCUCAUGCAGCCUCUCAGUUUGAAAAUGUUGUAUUGCAUCGUGUGUAUAACCAUAAAAUCAUGUCUAAACAUGGCGAAGACGAGGCUUUCCAGCUUCUUGCGCAUAAAACUACAAUGUUCCCUCCAAAUAUAUUGCUACAACAUGGUGUCGCUGUUUACAAGGCUGUGCAGAAGCCAGGGGAGUUUGUCAUCUCCUUUCCUAGAGCAUAUCAUGCUGGAUUUAGUCAUGGUUUUAACUGUGGAGAAGCAGUGAACUUUGCUAUUGGAGACUGGAUUCCAAUGGGGGCUAUAGCUAGCACUCGUUAUGCAUAUCUCACAAUGCUUCCUAUAAUUCCAUUUGAGGAACUUCUUUGUAAAGAGGCAAUGCAGUUUUAUAAGUCCUCAAAAGUAAGAGGUUCAAUGAGCAAAAAUAUUGAUUUCCAAUCUUAUCUUGCAACUGUUGCAUCUUUCGUGCAGCUUAUGCAAUUUUAUGAGAAGGCCCUUUCGCGACUUAAAGCUUCCAGAGAAUGUUCAAUUUCUUCGAAUACUGUAGGUACCUUGAUUUGUAGCAACUGCCAUAGAGAUUGUUAUGUAGCUUACUUGAUGUGCAAGCACUGCUAUUCUCUUCCCAUUUGUCUUUACCAUGACAUUGCAUUGCAGAGGUGUUCAUGUGGGAGAAAAUAUACUGUUUAUAAAAGGGACGAUUAUCUAGAAUUCGAGGAUGCUGCUAAGAGUUUUGAACAAGAAUAUGUAAAGUUAAACCUUGAAGGGAAGGUGAAUUUUGAAGUAGACAUGUUAUCCCCUAGAAAUGAUUAUGAUUGCAUCCAAGAUUCCCAUAACCAUCCUUGGCAUGAAGAAAAAGGUAGCAUCAAAGCAGUUCCUUCCAUGGGCUUAGUUUCUGAACUGAAAACAAGAGAAAUGACCUGCUUAAAGAUCAAGUUAGAAAAGAUGAAGGAGGAAAAAACUAAGCAUGGUAGAAAAAGAUGCUCUCCAACAAUGGAAACCAGAAAACAAGUACACUAAAAAUUGUGAGAAAAGCAAAGGAUAAAAAAUGAUGAGCUUGCUCAUGCAUGAACUUGGUCACUAACUUUUAUACAAGUCCAUGCAUCUGUAACUAUUCUUAUUCAUUAAUGAUGUGCAUAUUAGUUUAGAGCUUAGAAUUUGGUUUGUUGUAAUUAGUUUAUUUUUGCUAUUGGUUUAAGCAGUAUAGGAUUUAUUAAGGAAUGUACAUUGACUUUUAUUAGCCUCAAUACUUUGCAGUCUGCAUAGUUCCCUUAAGUAAGCUAUUUUUUUUUCCUUUUAA